CGCCCCCGCCGCUUCCGCAGCGACGCUGGCGCUAUGUGGCGGGCGGGGGCGGCGGGCGCGGUUCGCGCCGCGGGACGGGCGGCGGCGCGGGGGAGCGGCGGCACCGGGGGCGCCCCGAGGGUGGGCACGGCCGCCGCCGGUCGCGGCCGCACGCAAUUACAGUAUUCUUCAGAUGUGAAGAGCAGGACUGUUCGGUUCAUGAAUUUGAGAAGUGCAGGAACUCUGAGUGACACAAGCUCUUUAGAUGAGACCACUUAUGAAAAACUGGCCGAAGAAACACUGGACUCCUUAGCAGAUUUCUUUGAGGACCUGACAGAUAAGCCUUUUACCCCAGAAGAUUAUGAUGUCUCUUUAGGGAGUGGAGUACUAACAGUUAAAUUAGGUGGUGACAUGGGAACAUAUGUAAUCAAUAAGCAAACACCAAACCGUCAGAUCUGGCUGUCCUCACCCACUAGUGGGCCCAAGCGCUAUGACUGGACUGGACGGAAUUGGGUGUAUUCUCAUGACAGAGUAUCCCUUCAUGAACUACUAUCAAAAGAAUUUUCAACAGCAUUAAAAACUAAAUUGGAUUUAUCCUGUUUAAUAUAUUCUGGGAAAGAAGAUACUUGAUGACAUUCUACCUCAUGGAAGUUUAAAGACUUUAACAUCAAGCAAAGCCCUUUCUUCGUUUCUGAAGUACCUGAGCUUAAUUUUGUUGGGUUUUUUGGCAUCAAUAUGUUGUGCAACAAAAAUGAAAAUAAUAUAUUUUUCGUCUAGUGUUCAGUC